AAGGCUUUGAAGAAGAAAAAUUCCACCAUUGCAUGGAAAAGCUGAAGUUAUUUAGUUCAUCAUCCAGCAACAGACCACUCAUUCUUAAAAGCAGUGUUAAGAGUCAAGUCCUUCCUCUUUGUUCUCUGUAAUUAUUUUUCAAAUGGAAAGCUACAACUUCCUUUAUGUUUACACCUUGGCGCAAGAUUACUUGAAAUACAUUUGUCAAGAGCCGCAGCUUGCGGCAGCCCCAAACAGGGUUGCCGAAGUCCUACGUAAAGCUGGAUCGUCAGUUCAGAGAGAAGUUGAAGGCAACCUGAGACCAUACAUUGACUUACUGGAAGUUCACUCUGUGGAAGAAGCCAGUAAGAUUUUCAGUCAAGUGAUGGAGAACGAAUUUGCUGAUGGGAAAACUAACUGGGGACGCAUUUUGACAAUAUUCCUGCUUGGUGGAAUCCUGGCCAAAAAACUCAAAGAACCUUUGGCAAAAGAAAACCUGGAGCAAGUUUCCCAUUUCAUCACAGACUAUAUCAUAAACACCAAAGCAAAGUGGAUCAAUGAAAAUGGAGGAUGGGACAAUGGUUUUAUGACAAAAUUUGAGGAGAAAGGCUCCUGGCUAUCCUUAUCCAGUUUGAAGACAAAGAUCUUGGCUGUGUUUUCCAUCUUCAAUCAAUAUCACUCAUAAACCUGGU